AUGACAAUAUCAGGACGGGUCGACUUAUUUCUAUCUUACUCAGACGUAAUGGUAUUUAAUCGUUUAAAAACAUUGAGAAUCAGCAGCUACUAUGAAGUGGAGCCAUUGCUGGACAAACUCAAAUCGUUAUUAACACUGACUACACUCAUCAUUUACUGGCGUUCACCUCAGACCUACCAUGCGGAUAUUCAUAAGUUGGGCCGAAUGAUUAUGAUCGAAAAUUAUUUACCCCAACUAAAAACACUCUUGACUCAAUCGAAUUGUUGGUCGAAUUAUCUCGAUACUCCAACAUCCUUGUCUCCGACCAAUCUUGAACAUUUACAAUUCAACAUUUGGUGUGCAACGAGUUUAUUUGUGGCACUAAAUCACUGCCCGAAGCUUGUCCGUUUAAACGUUGACUUGCCCUGUUUUGACGUCUUAUCAACUACUGUCGUCUAUUCAACGAUAAAAUAUUUAAACUUGUGUACUCCUGAAUUAUCGCGGGAUCGUGUAGCACUUCUACUGCAAAUAAUGCCAAACUUACAGUGGUUUGAACUUACUGCAGGUCUCCAACACCGAUAUACAAUUGAUGGUCACAAAUUAGCUGAUUUGUUUCGCUCAGCUCGUGUAUUAAAGCGCGUGAAAAUUGAUAUCAAAGUGGAUCAAAGAGGAGAAGACAAAGACCGCAUGAUAUUAAACUUUAGCAGUGACAAAAACACAAGUUAUUGGCGCAACACGACGAACAAUGAUAAACAAGAAAUGACAAAUAAUGAAGAAGAUGAAGAAGAUAAUAAACAACAACAGAAACAAUCAGAAAAAAAACAAAAAGUGAUUUCACGACCUUCAACAGCAGCAACAAGAAAACGUACAAAACUACUUGAAGAAUCAUAUGAAGCGGUUAGUAAGAGAAGUCUAACUUCUGUCUACGAUGGUGGAGUUGGAAUAGCAGAGGUACUGAAGACUAAAUUUUACUUUAUGGCAGGUGCCUACUGGUUCUAA